UUGAUUCCCAUGAUGCACCGCUUAACACAGACGGAAGUUCCAAUGUUAAAUCACCGGAGACAUCUUGUUACAAAAGCAGUGCGGCUGUAAAACACGUUUUUCUAAUCAUGCAAGAAAACGAACGCUGCCGGAUCGGUUACGUCACCCGUGUGCAGAGCUUCAGCGCCUGCCACAGACUGCACAGUAAAUCUUUGAGUGAUGAAGAAAAUAAAAAGAUCUUUGGGAAAUGUAACAACCCUAAUGGACAUGGUCAUAAUUACAAAGUGGAGAUUACUGUGCGUGGCAAGAUUGACCCAGCCACUGGCAUGGUAAUGAACAUAACAGAUCUCAAGGAAUACAUUGAGAUGGCAGUCAUGGAGCCACUAGACCACAAGAACCUGGAUAAGGAUGUUCCAUACUUUGCAGAUGUAGUGAGCACUACUGAAAAUGUAGCAGUGUUCAUUUGGGACAACUUACUAAAGUUUCUACCUCCAGACUCUCUCUAUGAAGUGAAAAUCCAUGAAACCGACAAGAACAUUGUUGUUUACCGUGGAGAAUAGCAGGACCUAUUUUGGCGGCAAGUAAAUAUAUGAAGAGGCUGUGACCACACGGGUUUUGGGAUCAGAUAUGUAUUUGAUUUAAAUGCACAAAGCAACUAUUUUGAUAUCCUGUGUUAUUUACAAUGUAUAAAGUAGCUAACAUGUUUUUGUAGGAAUGUCCUUGUGUUGCAAAAAUAUUCUGCUUUUACUUACAAUUCUUUCUGUCUAUAUUUAGUCAAAUUUCCUUUCUACUGUACAUGUUGGCACAGAUUAGGACAAAUAAAACAAUAUGUUGUAUGUUAGAGUGGCUUUGACCUUGGCCCUGCUUCAACAUUUAAAAGGCCAUUCCAGUCUCCUUGUUUAAAACUGACCCAACUGUAUUCGCCACUCUUCUUCCUUCAUCAAAACACUUGAUAUCCUCUGAUGCCAUUAGCUUGGGGUACUAGCUGUGGAAUCCCCCUGAAUCUGCUGUGUUAGGAACCCCCAGAAUCGAUAAAGCAGGUGUUUGUGGUUGAAGGAGCUAGCCAUCGCUCUGUCUCUUGAACCCCACACUCAACCCCAUCAUUGAAACACGUUGAAUGUAGAGGAAGGAGCCUUAACUGAGCUGAGUAUUAUAAAAUAUGCUUCUGGCAACUCUGCAAAUGGAGCCAGGCAAGUUUAGUAGGGCAGACUGGUCUCUGAACCUGUAGAGAAGGUUAAUACUCACACUACUGCAUAGAUUAAAACUGUAAGAAAAUAAAGUCAAGUACAGAAACAUUUCUGCCAUGCCUUCAUUAGUGUCACAGAAGGCAUUUGCUUUUUUGUUUGUCUUAUUUUUCUCUAGUUUUACCUCGGGAUAAUUCCUUUGGUGAGUCUUAUCCCAUAAGGAUUAUUGCGAUUCAUUGAUUGGUGGAUUGGGAAUGUCACCAAAUGAACUGUCUGGAUCUCACAUAUGGUGGUGGACCCACAUUACAUGAUUGUGUUAUUUUCUAGAUUAGUUAUCUUCUGGAGCAGUCUUAUUGAAUAGCUGUGCCUAUUUUUAGUUUCAGAAUUAACCAGUGCCAUGCCACUUAAUGUAAUUGAAAGCCCAUAAGUACUGCAUGCAAAGCCUAAUCUUGCUGAUCCCCCCCCCAAAUGUAUUGUAUGGGGAGGGGAGGGGGAAGGGGACUGCUGAUUUUCCAGUAGUUUAGAGGUUGAUUGAGGAAUAGGCUGAAAUACAUGUUUUUAAUCAAACAAUGCAUGAAAUGACCCUGUCCAUAUAAGUUCCCAUAUUAGGAUUAACUCAUGCAAAGGAAGUCAAACAAAGGAAACCACUGCAUUAAUGACUUCUGAUUAAAAUAACCUUUUGCUGAA